CAAAGUGUUUAUUAUGCUAAGUGCUGGUUAAGAUUUGAUGACAUAUGAAGAGAGGAGGAAACAACACCGAUAAGUAAGUAAUGACGAAUCUUUUGGCCUUGUGUCUUGUCUUGAGCACUUUACUAGCGGCGGAGGUAUGGUCUCCGAGUCCAGCCAUGACCACCCACAACACGGCGGUGGCGUCAGAGGGAGAAGUCAUCGUCAAAGACGGACACCACGUUGUGGUGGUUGAGUACGAUCGCGACGGGAAAACCAAUACCAGAGUCUCGAUCUCGCCACCAUCGGCAGAUCAAGGAGAAGAAAAAGAGAAUGAAGUAGAGAUGGGAACUUCUAUGUUUAGAAAUGUUAAAGAGAAAGCUAAAGAAACGGCGUCGUAUCUUCCACACGUCGGCCAAGGAAUCUCCCAGCCGGUGAUGACAGACGAGGCGCGUGAUCACCACGCGACGGCUGGGGAAGUCAUAUGCGAUGCGUUCGGCAAGUGCAGGCAGAAGAUCGCGAGUGUGGUAGGUCGGGCUAAAGACCGCACCGUUGAUUCCGUCGGCGAGACAGCUUCUGAUGUCAGAGAAGCCGCCGCUCAUAAGGCUCACGAUGUGAAGGAAACGGUUACACAUGCGGCACGUGACGUGGAAGACACGGUGGCUGAUCAAGCCCAGUAUGCUAAGGGUAGGGUAACAGAAAAGGCCCAUGAUCCGAAAGAGGGUGUAGCCCAUAAAGCCCAUGAUGCGAAAGAGAGUGUGGCUGAUAAAGCCCAUGAUGCGAAAGAGAGUGUGGCUCAGAAAGCCCAUGAUGCUAAAGAGAAGGUAAGAGAGAAAGCUCAUGAUGUGAAGGAGACGGUAGCCCAAAAAGCCCAUGAAUCGAAAGAGAGGGCAAAAGAUAGAGUGAGGGAGAAGGCACAAGAAUUGAAGGAAACGGCUACUCAUAAGUCUAAGAACGCGUGGGAGAGAGUUAAGAAUGGGGCGCGUGAGUUCGGGUCAGCCACAGCAGCGACGUUGAGUCCGACUAAGGUAGCGAGCAUUGUGGGGUUGACGGGGAUAGCGGCAGCAUUUGGGACUUCCGUGUGGGUGACGUUUGUGUCAAGCUACGUUUUAGCCUCAGUGUUGGGGAGGCAACAGUUUGGUGUUGUGCAGAGUAAGCUGUAUCCUGUUUACUUCAAGGCGACCUCUGUGGGAAUCCUUGUGGGUUUGUUUGGUCACGUGCUUAGCAGGCGGAGGAAACUCCUUACCGAUGCAACGGAGAUGUGGCAAGGGGUUAACCUCUUGUCCUCUUUCUUUAUGAUCGAGGCUAAUAAGUCAUUUGUUGAGCCACGUGCCACGAAGGCGAUGUUUGAGAGAAUGAAGGCCGAAAAGGAAGAAGGAAGAGGAGGAGAGAGGACGAGUGAGCAGGAGCUAAGGCGGAAAUUGGAGCAGCUGAGUGAGAGGCUGAGCAAGCUCAACACGUACUCCUCUUGGUUGAAUAUAUUGACGCUUAUGUCUCUAACCUGGCACUUUGUUUAUCUCGGUCAGAGACUCGGCGCCGCUUGUUGAUCAAUGCUUUUGUUGUCUUUUACGUCUCUUUUGGUCCCAAACCCUAACUUAGCUUUUUUGUUGUUGUUCUUGUUGUUGUUGUUUACUGACUUACCAGUCACGGUAUCAGGGUUCUUCUGGUUGUUGAAUGUAAUAUUUAGUAAUGUAUACAUAUUUUGUAAUUUGCU